CCCCAUUUUCAAAAUGGCUGCGCCCAUGGACACAUGCGAACUCGAAAACAAAACUUUUGUAAAGCAAGGUGCGGAGGCAAAAGUUUACAAGGAAAAGUUUUAUGGAAGACCUUGUAUCAGUAAAGAAAGGUUUUCCAAAGCAUAUAGACACCCAGCUCUGGACAAGUCGUUGACAUUGCAAAGACUGAAAGGAGAAAUUCGUGCCAUGAACAAGUGCAGAAAUUUGGGUUUAAGGGUGCCAAUGCUGUAUUUUGUGGAUACAACAACCAGUACAUUCUACAUGGAGGAGAUUUUAAACUCUCAAACUGUAAGAGAUUAUAUCAUACAUGUACAGUCUACAUCGCACAAUGACGCCAUAGAAAAACUUACGCCUCUUGCAGAGAAGAUUGGACACAUCUUAGGCAGAAUGCACAGUGGAAAGGUUAUUCACGGGGAUUUGACAACGUCAAACAUGUUACUUAGUGGUGAACCAGAAAAUUUAGACAUUGUGUUAAUAGACUUUGGAUUGAGUUUUUCAGAAGGUUUACCGGAAGAUAAAGGAGUUGAUCUGUAUGUGUUUGAGCGUGCUCUGCUCAGUACACACCCAAACACGGAGCAGUUGUUUGAAAUUGUGUUGGAAGCAUAUAAACAAGAAAACCGGAAGGAGGCAGCCGAUGCUAUCAGUAAACUGGAAGAAGUUCGUAUGAGAGGGAGGAAGAGAACUAUGGUUGGAUAAUAUGACUUUUUUCAACUCUCUCCCUUAGUUUUAUUGGUAACAAAAUGAGGUUGAAACUAUGGCAGUCUGUGUAAUAGAUUAAAUUUAAAGAAACAGAUUUUUUUCUGAAAUUGCCAUAUAGGUGUAGUGUACCAUUAUACUCAGUCCAUUUUGCUGAUGGUACUGAAACUGUACCUGUGAGAUCAAUUAUACCGAAAGUUACAGUUCUUGACUUAAUUAAAACUGUAUAUAUAUAUAUUGUGUUUUUACAAGUUUUGACUUUGUUUGUUUCAUGUGUCAUCGCAUUAGCAAAUAACUUAAUGAGAAAGAUAUGUGUUGCCUGCUUGGUUUUCUCACCGGACUGAUUAAAAAAAUUUGGAAUGUGACACAAUUUUAUGAAGGAAGUCUAUAAGGAAAGUGAUUGAUGAUUGCAUCUAUUAAAACAAACCUGUUACCAGUUUGUAGAUUUUAAUGAAAGUUCUUGCAGUUGUAAAUUUAUCUGUUAUUCUAAUAUUACGAUAAAUAAAUUGUAUAUCGUUAAUGGUUCAA